GAUUCAAUGCACUCUAUUUGGUCUGUAUGUUGAUGAACUAAAUGCUUUUAUUGCUUCUGGAGAUUACAACAAUGCAGUAGUUAUUGUGCAACUAGCAAGGCCAAGACUUAUCAAGACAAGAUUCACAUACAAAACUAUAUGAAUUGCACACGGUUGUUUUUUAACCCAAGUUGUCCGGAAAGCAUAGUCUUGAGGGAAAGUCUGCCUGACACACUUGAGAGUCCUUCUCCAAUGACUCUUACUCAAAUAAGUGUUGAACCACCAGUUAGACCAAUUGAUGAGUUUAUAUUCAAUACCCCUAGAAUGACUUUGCAAGGACUUAAAGAUGCAACAACAGAAACACUUGGUGUUGUAUGUGCAACUGUCAAAAGGAUUUUGAAUCCAGAUUGCUUCUGGUACACUGCGUGUGUCUGUAACAAAUUUGUGAUUCCAGACUUUAACAUGUUCUUUUGCGACAAAUGCAAUAAGCAUGUCUUGAAAGUUUUCCCAAGAUAUUGUAUGAAGGUUAGAGUUAUGGAUCACACAGAUUCUGCCUCAUUAGUGAUAUUUGACAGAGAGGCAAGUUCUUUGUUCAACAUGAGUUGUGCUGAUAUGUUAGAGACUAAUCAAAGGAAUGUUGGGCCAAAAGUGGUGCCCCCUGAAAUUGUGGGCUUGGUUGAAAAAACAUGGUUGUUUAAAGUAGAGACUAAACCAGCUAGGAAUCCUAGAUUUGAGCAAACCUUUAAGGUCAGAAAAAUAUGCACCGACAGUUCCAUAAUCCAAAUAUUCAGGGACAGGUGGGAUAGGGAGGAAGAUUCAAUUUCCAAACUGAACAAUGAGGUUGGUUCUCUAAGUACUCUGUUGGGUAAAGGAAAAGAUAUUUUAAUCUGCGGUUCUACCAAUGUCUUAUCCGAGGAUUUACUCUCCUUGACUGGAAGUAGUAGCAAAUCAUGUGGAAAAGUUGUUGAUUGUGAUUCCACUCCUGGAGAUUUUACUCAAGAUUUGAUGAACAAGUUUACUGAUACUGUUGUGAACCUUGCAUCUGAUUCUGAUGGUAGUUUUGAAAAGAAGCUGAUUCCUGCCAAGGAUUAACAUUCACUGCCUGCAAUUUGUGGCAAAGGAGAAGAACUUGCAACUCCUGUGGUAAUAGUUGAUGAUGAUUCUGUUCAAGAGGUUCAUUCUACCAUAACUGAAAAUGACUAUGCAGCAUCUGAUGCAAAGGGGACUAAGUUCAAUAAGGAUAUGACUGAAGCAAAUGCUAGAGGCAUUGAGGGUACUCAUAUGGGAGGUAUGCAUAAGGGAGCUAAGUCUGGUGUUGUCAAUGUUGCUGAUGAUUGUGCUGAAUCUAAGAAAGAGUUUGUUACUCCCAAUCAAAUUUCAUCCAUUGAAGCUAAAGAAUCUAAGAGCAAAAAGGCAGUGAAGAGAGUGUGUCCUGGAAAGGUUGAUGACUAUGAAGAUGACAAUGCACCUAUCAAACUUUUGAAGAGGGCUAUCAAGAUUGAAAAGAUUACUUAAGAUGGAAUUUAGCUUGAAGAGGGCUGUUGUUUUGUGGUGAAUUUAUUUGUCUUUGACUUGGCCAUGGUGUUAUCCUGACUAAUUAAAAACUAAGUAAUAUCAUACCCUAUGGGAUGUGGGUUUUAAUAUAAGUUAUGUUAAUUUGUACUCUUCAAGCCCAGUGGCAGUGGGCUUAUAAGUAGGUUUAUGUUUAGUUUAUGAUUAGUUGUAUGUUUAGGAUUAAGCUUAUAUCAGCUACUCUAUUAUAUCAUACCUCAAGUACAAUUGGGGUUUAAGUAUCUUAAUUUUAAAACUUAAAGUCC